UUGUAUCAACAAAACGUGUACUUCCUGUUGCAGAGAUGUCUUCAAAAAAGUCUGGAAAGAAUGGAGAGGAGUCUGAAAUUGAUCCAAAGAAGUCGAGGUCCAGCAUGAUUCAGCGUGUCUGGAAAUAUAUCAAAAAGUGUCUGUGGACCAUUGAAGACAAACCUGUGAAGAUUGACAAAUGGGACCCGGCGGCCGUGAAAAAUGCACUCGAUGAUGCUGCCAAGAAGGUGUUGAAGGAAAAGUAUGGUUACGUGGAGUCGAACCGACUGAUGGACCUGCGUCUCCUGAUCUGUACCCUAGCUGUGGCAUUCUCACUGUUUGCUCUCGUCUGGGACUACCUCAGGCCAUUCCCCGAAUCUCGACCCGUUCUCAUCAUCUGUGUCCUGUCAUACUUUGUAUUGAUGGGAGUGUUGACUGUGUACACCACAUAUGUGGAGAAAGGGAUCUUUCUUGUAGCCCUCCAGAAAGAUGAAGCAGGAGUGGAUCCGGACAACAAAUGGGAGUUAUCAUCCAUGUUAAAAAAAUACGAUGACCUGUACCAUCUCAGCAUGACCUUCACCGAUGGAAAAACGGGAAUCAAUAGAUCAGAAGAGUUCUCUAAAUGUGUGUCCAACUACUUUGAUGAGAAUGGAGUUUUAUGCUUUGAUUUGUUUGAGCCAGAAAUCAGAUUACUGCAGAGUAAGAUUUCUGCAGAAGGAAAGAAGGAUUAAUUCUCGAUGGGAGUCUUUAGGUUUCGAAAGCCAUUCACAGGCUUUAAAGUAUAUAAAUGUUAUUUUCAUGACAUUUUUUCAUGUUCGUUGUGUAAAGAACAUUUUAAAAUCUGCAUAUAGGAAUGGUGCUGUCUGUAUUUGCUGGGUAAUAGGGAGAUUUCAUUGUGACUUUUUAUAGAAUUGAAUGUUGUGAGUCUGAAUGAUGCAUGUGGAUGUCAUUAAAUGUUAAUAAUGUCAA